AUGAACAAAUGGACUGGCAAUGAGCGAACCAAAGGCGGUUCAUUGGUGUACAAGGUCGUGGCUGAAAGAUACAUCACGAACUUCAACAAUGCCGUGUUGGAUGCAGAGUUGGCUUGCGCGUCCCUGUCCCCUGAUGCCGAUGCAGCUGGGAAUGCCGAUUCCGAGAGAGGCAACUAUCUUCGCCAGCUGACCCGGCUGGGCCUGAAGCAGUAUUUGUAUUGCGGCCCCACGCACCGAGCACUUGUGGGCGUCUACUUUGGGACGUUCGACCCUUUGCAUGAGAACCACUUCCGGCUGGUGCUUUGUGCUUUGAGGCGAUGCGGGGCUUGCCGUGUGGUGCUGGUACCAAAUCAAGGAAGCAAUCCUUACAAACCAAGCUGCUCUCCGCUGUCGGAGCGCAUUCAUUGCAUCGAGGAGCGACUCAAAGCGGCAGAGGCAGCGCACGACAUCGAGCCAGGAGAGGUCGUCGUACGGGCAGAGGCUGGUGCGAACAACUGGCCCCAGCGCGAAAGGGUGGCACAGGAAUUGGAGCUCCAUGAGCUGGCAGAGAGUAGAGCCUCCGCGACGGUUGUUCUGCUGCUGGGAGAGGAUUCGUUCCUGAAAUCGUUGAAGCAGGCUUCAGGCAAGCACCGGAACUCCGGCAUAUUCCAGCUGCAGACGAAGCCGCGCCGGCUCAUCGUUUUCCCUCGUGCACAAGAUGAGUCGGCCAUUCUGCAGAUGGUGCCGGAGAAGCUCAGGGCUUGGGUGCAGGUGGCGCCAUAUCGGGAUUUGGUGGAGGGUUUGAGUUCCUCGAAAAUCCGCAGCUGGCUGAAGUCUGGUGGCAAGGUUCCCCCGAGCACUGUGCACCCGGUGGUUUGGAAUCGCUUGCUGCAGGAAGAGCGCAGCUGGGACAUGCAGGAGGACUUAGAAGACGACUUCAGCGAUGAGUCGGGCCAGGCGUCGAUUGCAGAAGGAGGCGCUGUGUGCCAAGACCCACGCACGCACUAUGACGCGAUGGCGCCGCAGUCCAUGGAACAGAGGCUGUCGUCACCGACGGUACGGCUGAGGAACUUUAAUUCCUUUGCCAAGGCUGGUCUUCUGGAGCAGUUUCUGAGCAAAGUGCUCCGCGAGGUUCGCGGGGAGGAUCCCCAAAUUUCCGUACUGGACCUGGGCUGCGGCAAAGGGGGAGACUUGAAGAAGCUCGUCAACUCCGGCAUGACAGCGUACUGUGGCGUGGACGUGUCCUUCAGCUCGCUCGAGGUUCUCGUUCAGCGGUUGCAAGAGCUGGGGCAGAAGCUUGCAAGUGCCAAGCAUGGAGCACUAGGCCGCGCCCGUGACCCGCUUUGGGAGGUCUCAUUGGUGCAUGCAGACUGCUGGCAGCAGCAGUUGGAGUCGGCAUGGGACUUGGGCGCCAGGCAUGGCACAGCUCGUGCACAGCUUGGGAAGACGUGGUUUCAUGUGGUCACCUCCCAGAUGGCGUGCCACUAUGCCUUCCAUAGCCAGGAAUCCGUGGAAGUCAUGCUACACAAUGUGUCAACACGUCUUUGUCGCGGUGGAUAUUUCAUCGGCACAGUGCCCAAUGCAUCAAGAAUCAUCCAGCUUGAGCGUGCCCGCAGAGAGGGGAGCGAACCCCAGACCACGGGCAAGAGGCUUUUCCAAAUCGACUUCAGCAAGGAGGAAUGGGAGAAGGUCGAGGCUGUGUGGGACCUGUGGCGCCAAGAUGGUGCCGUGGAAGUGGACUCACGAGCCUUCGGUGUCAUGUACACGUUUAAUUUGGCAGAUGCCGUGGAGGCGUGCCCGGAACCAUUGGUACAUUUUCCAAGUUUUAUUGCCUUGGCAAAGCGCCAGGGUUUGCGCCUGUGCUUGGGGCCGUUGCCGCUCACAGACUUUGUGGCUGCAGUCGACAUGAAGGCAGAGCUAGGUCGCUUGCGGCGGAUCUAUGCCUUUGAAGGCCGGGAUGCUGCGGUAAUCAUGGCCAUAACGAUGAACGUUCCUUGUGAAUAUGCUUUGCGCAUGCCGAAUCAUGCAGACAUGUCACGCACAUACACAAGGCUAUCAAUUGUCAUCAGUUCUAUUGCAUUCUUUUGCUUUUGGUGGCAUUGGGAACAGUCCAAUUUCGACCAGCUGUUGGUGUUGACAUCCGUAAUGAAGAAGAACCUAACGGACCUGUCGAAUUGGCAGGCGGGAUGUCUUUGGACUCCGAUGAGGCUGCCGAACAACGAGAAGCUUCGGGCUUGUACGUUGCAUUCGCCUUCUGCAAAGAGGCGCACUCCGACGUUCCCGGAUGUCAAGAAGUUUCUGAUGGUUACAAGUCCCUCCGCGGCAAUUCUACGAAGAUGCCGCAAGUUUCAGGUGACAUCAUCAGCUGCGCAGAGCCCAAAGAAGUUGGCCACGGUUGCAGUCCAAAAGUCCGUCCUUUGCCCCCCUUUGUCCAUGCGGGGCGGAGAGGUGGGACUGGUUGCCGCCCGCAUGCGGUGCCUGGCACCCAGAUAUUUCGGCAGAGCAUUCACUGCGGAAAGAGUUAACGCCCCAGCAAGGAAGGCUCGAUUCGGCUGCAUCAACGUGUUGUUCACGACUCGUGCAAGCGUCGGCUGCACGCAGGCAUUCUCUCUGAAGGAGCUGAUUUCAAAGAAGGGCGAGGGCACCUUCUCAGAGGUGCUCAAGGCGCAAUCGAUAAAGUCAGGGAAACAUGUAGCAAUCAAAUGCAUGAAGAAUCACUUCGACAGCAUCGAUCAAGUUAACAACUUGCGAGAAAUCCAGGCCUUGCGCCGGUUAGCAGGACAUCCAAACAUCAUCAAGCUCCACGAGGUCCUUUACGACGAGCCCACCGGACGGCUCGCCUUGGUUUUCGAGCUGAUGGACAUGAACCUCUAUGAAGCCAUCAAAGGACGAAGGCAUUAUUUGCCCGAGCAAAAGGUUAAGCACUACAUGUACGAAAUGCUGAAGGCAUUGGACCAUAUGCAUCGAAAUGGCAUCUUUCAUCGAGAUGUGAAGCCAGAAAAUCUGCUCCUGCUGGAUGAUGAGAUCAAGCUGGCGGACUUGGGCAGCUGCCGAGGCAUCUACUCUCGCCAGCCGUUCACUGAGUACAUCUCGACCAGGUGGUAUCGUGCGCCCGAGUGUCUUCUGACAGAUGGGUACUACAACUUCAAGAUGGAUUUGUUUGCAGCUGGCUGCGUUUGCUUUGAGAUUGUGGCGCUCUUUCCUCUUUUUCCUGGCCAGAAUGAGAUGGAUCAAAUUCAGAAAAUUCACAAUGUGCUGGGCACUCCUCCGGCUGAACUGCUUGCAAGGAAGUUCCGUCGAAAUGCAUCCCACAUGGAUUUCAACUUUCCGGAGAAAAAGGGUACGGGCAUCGAGCGGCUGAUUCCGCACGCCGAUCCAGAGCUCGUUGAGCUCAUGAAGAAACUCGUGAGGUACGAUCCCGACGAGCGCAUCCUCGCCAGGCAGGCGCUGAAGGACCCAUACUUCCGUGAACUCCGCGAAGCAGAGAAGGAGCUGGCAACGGCUGUCGCACAGCUCCAGUCAACCAGCGGUGGCUCACGAAGUCGUGAUCCCAUGUCAAAGGCCGGCCUGAGCGCCACCAGCAGUGUGGCGAGCAACGCAGAGCACGAGAAUCCGGAGCAGACCCACGAGCCCAGCCGGAGCAGCAGCCCUGCGCCAGAGGAGUCCCGCAGUGGUGGGCUUCCCACCAUCCGCCAAGAGCGACGCAAGGUGGGCGGAAUGGCAGACAGCGACGAGGUGCACGAUGACGGCAUGGUCCUUCCGCCCAUUGGGGGCCUGAAGGGAAAACGAGACAGCAAGAUGAAGACUCAGACCUUCAAGACCGCGGCGGCCGCAUCCUUGCAGAAGCCAGGCAUGGUGCACGGCACCAUGACCGUGCAUGGGUCCAUGGGAGGUGUGCAUGGCGCGGAGAAGUCCCUGGGUGUCCUGGGAACGUCCAAGGGGUUCAACGGAACUGUCAGCAGCACCACAGGAGCCAACACUCAGUCCAGCAUGUCCUCUAAUGGCGACCCUAUGUCAUCCACGAAUCCACACAGUUGGACUACGACUGACCACCAGGACAUGCGUGGGGUGAGCUCUGGGUCUGGUACCACGGCGGACAAGAUGAACUCGACCUGGGCUCCGAACUCGCAGCGAAGGUACGUAUCGCCCUUUGGUGCAAAGAUGCCUGGUGGAGGGUCCAAAAAGCGCUAG